AUGAACAAAGUAAGCCGUCUUAGUGAAACAAGAUUUCUUUACACUGUUUUGGUAUCAAAUUGGGUGUUUGAAUAUUAUGAAGAAUUUGUAAAUUUUAUAUUGUUGUCUGGUGUUGAACAAAACAUCUCCAAAAACAUACCAAACAACAGUGAACUUGGUGUGGUGUCUUUUACAAAUCCAGUAUUUGUAGGUGUUGUAUAUUUUGUCAAUGUGUUAAUGACAGAAAUGAAAGCUCUGAGUGACUGGUUACAAACUGAUGGCCUUUUGUUUUUUAUGGCUUUUAAAAGGAUAGAAUUGUAUAUCAAACAUUUAUUUGAUAUACGAGUUUUAAUUAAAAAUGGCGACUUUAAAUACUUCAAAAAGUAUUUGUACGGUGGAAUCAUUGAUCCAAAUGAAAGAGAACGUAUCAUUGAUCGUAAUGAAAGAUAUACAAAGUUUCUCUCAAAUUUGUA